ACCAAAAAAUUGAUUCAAGAUUGUUCAUUGAUUGAUGGAACCAAAAGGGUUAAGGAAGUUGAUGGCACCAGGUUUCAGAUUUCAUCCAACAGAUGAAGAAUUGGUUAGUUAUUAUUUGAAGAGAAAGGUUUGUGGGAAGCCAUUGAGAUUUGAUGCUAUUUCUGAGAUUGAUAUUUACAAAGUUGAACCAUGGGAUCUUCCUGGUAUGUCGAGGCUGAAAACGAGAGAUCUGGAAUGGUACUUUUUCAGCGUGCUUGAUAGGAAGCAUGGUAAUGGAGCAAAAACCAAUCGGGCGACAGAACGAGGCUACUGGAAGACAACUGGAAAGGACAGGGCUGUCCAUCAUAAGUCUAAGGUUGUCGGUAUGAAGAAGACUCUAGUUUUUCAUAGUGGUCGGGCUCCAAAGGGUCAGAGGACUAAUUGGGUCAUGCACGAGUACAAACUAAUUGAUGAGGAGCUGGUUAAAGCUGGGAUUGUUCAGGUGAGAUUGUAUGAACAUGUGGUUGUUCAGGAUGCACUUGUGUUAUGUAGAGUCUUCCAGAAGAGUGGUGCAGGGCCGAAGAAUGGGGACAAGUACGGGGCACCUUAUGUUGAGGAGGAAUGGGAGGAUGAUGAGUUAGAAGUUGUUCCCAAGGAGGAGGCGGCUGAAGAAGUUGAAUUUGGAGAUGAUAUCUAUCUAGACGGACAUGACCUUGACCAGAUUCUCGGGACCGACACACCUGUGGAUGGUGCUCCACUUCCUUUGAACUGCUAUUUCGAGGAAAAUGCUAGCAACAGUGGGGAAACAAGUAACUCCUUUGAAGAAGCACAAAACUGGAUUCAGCAACCGGACGAGCAGGAAUCAUUUGAUCCUGCAAUUCAACAGAAUGCAAAUGCAAAUCCCGUCAAACAUGAAUUCAUGAGUGAACCGAGCAAUAGUGUGAACGCUGUUGAUGCAGAUUACUUGCUUGAUGAACCAAUUGUAACUGCAACUGAGAACCUUCAAUUCAAUGAUGGAGCAUUCCUGGAAGCUAGUGAUCUUUCAAGACCCAUUGAGGUUGAUACGUCAAGUUUUGACAUGCUUGAGGAGUACCUUACAUUCUUUGAUGCAGACGAUGACUUCCGAAGUAUGGAUUUCAAUCCAGCAAUGAUGAUCGGAGGUGAUGAUCACGUCUCCGACUUAGCAUCUCUGGAGGAGAAGAAUAUUGGCGAGGUAACUGACCAACCAAUUCCACCCAGCGACGAGCCUGAGGAUCAAAAGAACAGUGUUGCAUCAUCGUCGAAACUGGAACCAUCUAAAUUUGGAUCAGAUUGUAAGUAUCCUUUCAUGAAGAAGGCGAGCUGCAUGUUGGGUGGUAUUCCUGCUCCUCCUGCAUUUGCUUCAGAGUUCCCUUCAAAAAAUGCAGCUUUCCGCAUGAAUUCCUCCUCCGAAGCAUCCAGUUCAAUCCACGUCACUGGUUUGAUUCAAAUAACAAACAUGACUAUGAGUGGCAAUGCAGCGGACGGCUUGUUGGGCAAGCAUGGGAAUUACAACGUUACGCUCUCUUUCAGCUUAUCACAGCACGGUGAUAUCUCCGCUCCCUUGGAAUCAUUCGUUAGCGUUCUUCCUGGGAAGACAACUUCAACAAUGUCCUGGUACUGGUUCUAUUAUCUGUUCCUUUGGGUCCUCAUUCUUUCCACAAGCUUCAAAAUCGGGACCUUAAUUCGUGCCAUGUACGGCUUCAGAAACAUAGAGAGCUGAACCAAACCGCGCUCAAAACUAGUUUUGACUUUUGAAGUUCAUGUCAGGUUAUCUCGAUCUCGACUGAAAGUGAACAUUAUUAUAUAUGAUGAUGCACCUAUAUCAGGAUUUCUUUUUUAGUGUUUAGACAUUAAAGUGAGAUGAUGCAGUUUCUGACUGUUGACAUAAAGAUAUGCUAUCUCCUGAACAAAUUUUAAACUCAAUGGUGUAUCACAGUGCAGCUGGGAAAGCUGCAAAACUCAUUUCACUUGCA